AGCACCCUCUCAUCCAAUCAAAUUUCACCACCUUCUCCUCAACUCUCCCCCACCACCCAUGUUGUUGUUCUUUCUCUAAGCUAACUUUUAGGCUUGAUAUCAUUUCUUGAAGUGUGGUAUGAAUGCUUCUACUCAUUUCCCCUUUUCUUGCUUGCUCAGAGAAAAGGAGAAAUAACCACCAAUCUUUUCUCACUUCACACAACCCAAAGUCCCUAGAAUUUCAACAUCAAACUCAGCUCUGUAUUUCUUUUCCAUUUCCAGCUUUUGAGGAAUUAUUAUCAUCCUUUUUAGUGAACUCAUUCACUAUUGUGCUUUCUUUCCUUAUUGGGAUUUCAAGAUUUUGCCAAUCUUGAAGCAACCAACACCCUCUUCUUUUAAACAUUAGAAACACUAAUACAUAUGGGUUUAGAUCUAAAAUCUUCUUUCUACUAUAAUUGAAAGAAGUAACAUAGAAAGAGAGAAAUAGAGAGUGGAUUUACUUUUCUUGAUACUUCUAAAACAUUUCUAUCUUUUGGGAAGUAUUUUUCUUUCAUCUUGAAAAGGUGGUACUUUUAAAGAUUCUUUUGGGUAGUUAAGUGGUUGGCUUUGGAGGCAAACAAAAAGAAAAAGAAGCUAUUCUUAUUCUAUCUUACUCGUAUUUUCAUUUCAUUUAAAUACUUCUUGAUUUAACCAACAUGUUACCAUUGUAAAAUCCUCUCACAUUUCUUCCAAAAUCCUAGAAAAACAAAAAAAACUAUAUAUUUUUUUAGUGUGAAUUAUUUGUAUAGUAGAUUUGGAUUUCAAUGAAGUGGGAAAGUGUAACACUUGCACCAUCAACAACUUCAUACAUGUCAAAUUCUUCUUCAAGUUGGAUGAUGGAAGAUAGUAUAAAGAGCAAAAUUUGGACUCCUCUUGAGAACAAAUUAUUUGAAGAUGCUUUGGCUAAGUUUGACAAGGACACGCCUGACAGGUGGCAGCUGGUGGCACAAAUGGUUCCCGGGAAAUCCGUAGCAGAUGUUAUGAGACAAUACAAGGAAUUGGAAGAUGAUGUUAGUAGCAUUGAAGCCGGGUUUUAUCCGAAAUAUGGAUAUAAUUGUAGUACUUCCUCAUUCACUUUAGAGUGGGGAAGUAAUACGGAAUUUGAUGGGUACGGAUCUCUAGGGAAGAGAUCAUUGGCCACCGCGGCCACUGCUAUGACUGUAGUGGCCGCGGGCCGGCCUCUUGAACACGAAAGAAAAAAAGGUGUUCCUUGGACUGAAGAAGAACAUAAACUGUUUUUGUUGGGGUUGAAAAAGUAUGGAAAAGGAGAUUGGAGAAACAUUUCAAGAAAUUUUGUGGUGACUAGAACACCAACUCAAGUUGCAAGUCAUGCCCAGAAGUAUUUCAUUCGACAGCUAUCGGGUGGAAAAGAUAAGAGAAGAGCAAGCAUUCAUGAUAUAACGACAGUUAAUCUUCAAGAAAACAACUUGUCUUCACCGGAAUAUAAAACAACCGAUUCACCAGAGCAAUGCAAGUUUCAAUGGAAUCAGCCUAAUAGUGAAACUGCAGCCAUGGAAUUUAGCCAAAGAAAUGGGAAUUUAUUCAUGUCAAAUAGAUAUGGAGGCAACGCGUUUGGUGGUGGUGAUGGUUUUGUACAUGAAUCAUACGGUGUGCCUGAUAAUAUGGUUUUUCAGAUGCAACCGACGGUGCAUUACCCUCACUGAAAAACUUUUUGUGCGACAACGGUUUCUUUUCUUUUCUUGUUUUGAUUGGGAUAGUUAUUAUUGGUCUUUUUCAUGGUGUUUUUUCAGAUUUCUAUUGUGGUAAUGUGAAUAUUUUAGUAGUUUAGCAUUCGGUUAUAGCUCUUGAAAAGAGAUUAGUGUAUGGAUUAUGUGUACUUUUGUUGCGCUCUAGAAGCUAAUUAAGCAAGAGUUUGAUCUA